AUGAUUGACGUGGCUCGAGGUUCAUCACUAGGUCACUACCCUUGCCAGGGAGUUGACGAGACAACCCUGUCUAUCAUACAGCUUGCGGGACGCUACAGGCAAUGGCUCUCUAAGCGCUCCCGGUUUGAUACUCUUGAGACUGAUCAGCUCAUCUUGUGGGACUCUGUGCCUCCCGAGUUCGUCAUCUACUGCUGGCCCGCGCUUGUCGGCUUUAGUUUUACAGCCACGGCUUGGGGCCGCGUCCUCGUUGACGGUUUAUCGACUAUCGAAUUUCAGGAUCAGGCUUUUGACCACUUGGUCCUCAAGCAGGAGUGCAAGGAACUUAUCCGCGCUGUUGUUCGCCAUGGAACGGCCGUUCAAGCACCAGAUGUCAUUAGCGGGAAGCAGGGCGGGAAAAUAUUCCUUCUCCAUGGGCCUCCAGGUGUUGGAAAGACUCUGACGGCUGAAGCCAUUGCAGAUGUCCUUCAUCGCCCACUAUACUACGUCACUAUGGGUGAGCUCGGCGUGACACCGGAAGACCUAGAGCGCAGACUAUCAGAUGUUCUCGAACUAUGUGCAGAGUGGGACGCCUUGGCCGUGCUGGAUGAAGCAGAUGUCUUUUUGGAGACUCGCAGCAACUCUGACCUAAUCCGUAAUGCGAUGGUCUGCGUUGUGCUCCGCAUUCUCGAGUACCACCCCGGAAUAUUGUUUCUCACGACCAACCGCGUUCGAACGAUUGACCCGGCAUUCGAGAGUCGGAUCGCCGUUGCUCUUCGCUACGAGGCGCUUGACCGUGAUGCGUGGGCGCAGAUCUGGAGAAGUCAUAUCGAGAGACUUCCUACUCAGGUAUCCUCAGAUAUCGACUAUCACAGACUUGCAGAGCAGCAACUGAAUGGAAGACAAAUUAAGAAUGCGGUUCAUUUGGCGCUUAGUCUGGCUGCUGAAAUGAAAUUUCCAUUGACAGAAACCUUGUUACUCGCCACCGUGGACGUUAUAUCUCUUGGGCAUCAAAACAUCCUAGCGGAUGAUGCAUGGGAGACCGGGAGAUGA